GGAUUCCCCCGCGUGACAAAAACAGCUUCGCCUUUCACAUGUCAGCUCUUCCCCUUCGCGCCCGCAGCUCAUGCUGCUACCGGAUAUCCAGACGACGGCUCGCCGCCGUUCCGCGACCAACUCCGUGGUAUGACCGUACCCUGCCGUAGCGACUUUGAAACAAACAGCCGAUAAUCGAUCAUCGACGCCGCGGGAGCUCCGAGCGAUGUGCCAUCGGUUAGUGGAAUGAAACGCGGCGGCUCCUCUCUCUGCUUUCACGAAGGCGGUUUCCUCAGGUGCCACCGGCCGGAACCCGGAGUCUGGGCACCGAGCGGCGGCGACAACCGCUGCUAGCCCGCGAGUCCUCCGGGGAAGGAGGGAGUGUGCGUGGGGAGGGGGGGGAACCCAGCGAGGCCCCUGCCAUCAUCUCCACCACCGGCGCCAUGGCGAGCAGCAGGAAGGACGACUCGCUGCUGGAGUACGCUGCGGAGAACCGCGCGGACUCGGGCAUCGACUCGUACCGCUCCAUGCUGAAGUCGGAGGAGCCCCGCGAGCCCCGGGAGCCCGGCGCGGACACCGGCGGGCCGCCGCGGGAGAAGUUCUCCGCCGCCGCCGCGGAGGAGCGGCUGGACUCCGCCUACGGCUCCUCGUCCAUCACCGGGGAGAGUCUGUCGGAGCUGGUGGAGAGCUGCGCGCUCUCCGGCGGCGCGGAGGAGCGGACGCGCAGCGCCGCCGAACUCUCGGAUCUGGAGGAGAACUUGCUCACGACGAUCACUGAGGAGGGAGACACAUUCCUGCACUUAGCAAUCAUCCAUGAAGACGAUUUCAUCACUCAGCACUUGAUAGAGAUUUUCCCAAAAGAAGUCCUGGACAUCCAAAACAAUUUAUACCAGAGCCCGUUGCACCUGGCCACCUAUCUGAACCUGACGCAUGUGGUGAAGAGCCUGGUUGGCAAAGGCGUGAGCCUGGAGCUGCAGGACCAGGACGGGAACACGGCGCUCCAUGUGGCCUGCCAGCACGGACAAACGGAGUGCGCCAGCGAGAUGACCAGCGAUGUCUCCCCGAGCAAACUGGCGCCAGUCCUCGAGACCCAGAACUGGAGAGGUCUCACCUGUCUUCACUUGGCGGCACUGAACAGGCAACAUCCGACAAUGAAGCUCCUGGUGAAAAAGGGAGCUGACCUGAACAUCCAGGAAGGAACCAGCGGGAAGACGGCUCUCCACCUCGCCGUCGAGCUGCACGACGUCGCGUCCGUGAAGCUGCUGCUCAGCAGGGGGGCCAACGUGGACGCCGCUAUGUUGAACGGCUGCACGCCGCUGCACCUCGCGGUGGGGAGGCAGGACGCCGCCAUCGCCAACCUUCUCUGCCAGGCCGGCGCCGACACAAUGCUGCGAAACAUGGAGGACGAGACGGCGCUGGACCUGGCCGACGGCAAUGAUGAUAUUCUGGCUCUAUUUCCUUUCGACGACAUCCAGAUCUCGGGGAGGUCAGUGGUUGGUGUGAAGUUCUGAGCUGAAUCAAAGUCUGAAAACAACAAAAAUGUUGAAAUUGUCUGGAGCUUCACUGUGGCUGGAAUUGAUUAAGGAAGAAAAAAAGAAGAAGCCGCAUUUGCGCUGAAGUUGAUAAUAAGUAGCGGCUGUAUUUGUAGUACACUCUGAUUUGAUCUAUAUUUAUAUAUUGUGUAGACAAAUAUGCAUACCUUAUAAAUCUUACUUCCCUCUGACAGAGGGAUUCUGGGUAAUUGAGCGCUGAUUUUUUUAAACAAUCAAUCUUUCUGAUUCAUCGGCUCAGUUGAUUUUGCUUCUUAACAUACUCCUCUGUACUCGGGGGCUGUACUCGGCUACGAAAGCCACCUGACUGUGAGUGCCAAACUUUCUAUGAGCAUGUUCAGCAUCCAUUAAAAAAAGAAAAAGAAAAAGAAAAAUUCUACCUCUUCAUCAUAUUGACCUAGUUUUAAUGGAACAUGCAAAAUUGCUUUGUUUCGCAGUUUCUCAAACUUUAUCAACGCUACGCCUUUGUGUUGGAAUGGACUUUUGAUUCUCUGGUGUUUUAAACUCUGGUCUUUCAUCGUAGCCACAGAGAGAGAGAGACUUGUAAUCCAAAGAGGACUAACUAAUAACAACCCUGCUUUUAUUUGUUUUGUUAGAAAACCAAUAACCAAUAUAGAAUUGUAAUUUAAAACACAAAAUGAAGCCUCUUCACCUUUUUUGAUCUUCCUUAAAGUUUGCUGCUUCAUGUUGUGGAACAGUUUUUCUCUAUUUAUCUCACUGCAGCCUUUAUCUGCAACAAUCUGUUCUUUGGUGUGUAAUUACAUUAGACUGUCUAGUUAACACGAGCAGUUCCUUUAUUUUGUAAUAAAAUGGAAGAAAACAAA